UGACGACUUAAGCGGACUCUCGACUACUCCUUACAUACAGCUUUAUCUUUUGUUCCGUGCUUCCUUAAGAUUUCACACUCUUAACAGUUUUGUUUUGUGCACUUUAUUAAAAACAGGCCUACUCGUUCCGUCGCUCACUGUUCCUAAACAUUCUCAUGAAUAUUUAAAGUUCAUCGACGCAGCAAAUCAGCUGAGCUGCAGCUGCAUACGUUUAUGCACGAAUUUACAUAUGUCAAUCUGAGCUCGGCUACUACUAACCGCAUCCGCAGUUUAUCGGAACAUCUCGGUUCUAUUAAAUCACCUAAAUUCUGUCAUGGCCAAAUGGGGAGAGGGGGACCCGCGCUGGAUUGUGGAAGAAAGAUCAGAUGCGACAAAUGUCAAUAACUGGCAUUGGACAGAGAGAGAUGUCACAAGUUGGUCUCAAGAUGUAAUAAAUAACCUCCUUCUCAGGAUUCGUGUAGAGGGUGAAGAAGGCUUAUGCGAAAUUACAGAUGUCAGCAAUAUAGACGGCGAGGCCUCCAUCAACAACCGUAAAGGGAAACUGAUCUACUUCUAUGAGUGGGUUGUUAAAGCCUCAUGGACAGGAACAAGUAAAAUUGGAAUCAAAUAUAAAGGCACUGUGGAAAUAGCAAAUCUCUCUGAUGAAAAUGACAUGGAUGACUUAGAUAUCUGUGUUUCACUGUGUAAAGACCAGCCAAGCACACCGCUGACUGAUCUCAUGAGGAGGGAGGGAGUUAAGAAAGUCAGAAUGGCACUGGGCAACUACGUCAAACAUCUUAAAACAGAGUUCUCUCAGGGUAUGAUUUUACCAACAGAAAAUGCACUUAACAAACAGAAUCAGGAGCCAAAAGCCAAGGUCAAACUGGACAAUACCCAAAUUGGGUCCUCCACUACAGGUAACUCUUCCAACACUGGAGUCAAAAUUCCAACAGUGUCUUUCAAUCUGAAAGACACCUUCCUUACCUCACCAGAAGAGUUGUACAGGAUUUUCCUAAACAAAGAGAUGGUACAGGCAUUUACACAUCUUUCUGCGUUUGUGGAUGGGUGCUCGGGUGGCAAAUUUCAAAUUUUGGAAGGAAAUGUUCACGGACAGUUUGCAGAACUGAUUCCAGACCAGAAAAUUGUCAUGAGAUGGAGGUUUUCAAGUUGGCCAGCUGGACAUGCAGCAACUGUCAUUUUAAACUUUGUGAAUCGAGGCAGUGAGACAGAGCUGAUUCUGGAGGCCAGAGGAGUUCCCAGCAAUGAAGAGGAAAGGAUGAAAGAGGGCUGGCAGAGAUACUACUUUGAUGCCAUUAAACAGACAUUUGGAUAUGGAGCACUACUCUGCUAAGCCAAAGCCCAUGUUGUGUCAUGCCAGAAACUCUGGACAUAAUACACAUAGGCCUUAGUUCAUUUAGGACAUUUAAGUCACUUUAAUAUACAUGCACUAGAAAAAUCAUUGGUGUGUAUCUUGAGACAAAAAAUAGUCUGUGACAUUUUAAGAUAUGUCAGUGCAAAUUACUUUCAGUUAAAACUCAAACAUGCAUUUUAGUCUGGGACUAGGUUUAUGUCUUAUCUGUGAAACCAGGGGUUGGAUUAAAGAAAUGAUAUCUGUGGAGGUGUGAAUAUGAAACACUUGUGUAUAUCCUGCCUGCACCAGUUAGUUGGAUGCCCACAAACACCUGUGCCACUCAAUGAAAAUAGUUGACUAAAUUCUUUUUGUAUUUGUAAUUGCAUUGCAUUAGUCAUGUUUGAAUGUAAUAUAUAUUUUUGAUUGUUAUGUCUGGGCAUUUCAGAUAUAGAUAUUGAAGAAUUUAAAACUGUUUUAUAAAUUAGAUUAUAUUUGCCUGUGA